UCAACGAGGAUAGUUCUGACGAUUCAACGCAGCCUCCAAGUAUAGUUGCUGAGACAGAAGUUGCGCAUCCAAUAUUGGAUGCCCACACAAGUAGAGGUUGCAAUGGUUGAUUCUUUUAUUAUGCUCACCUAUUGUGCUGAAUAUUAUGAAGUUUAUAUACAUGUUUGGUUUAUAAUUCUGCCUCAAAAGUCAGACCAGCGGUUUAUUAAAUUUGAUAUUCCUUGUAGGUGAAGUUGUUCCGGAGCCGAUACCAACAAAUGUUGGACCAAAGAGCCGUGGACGAGGUCCUGCCAAAUGCAUUGAGUUUGAUAAGCUUCGAAAGCACGGGAAAAUACCACUCAAAAUUAAUGGUGGGCAAACAGCCCCAUGUUGUGAGAAUGCGAACAUGUUUACCACAAGGGUCACAUGGAUAUUAAAGCAUCAUGCGGACAUGAGUCACCCAUGAUGGACUGAUGUUCCGGCGGUAGAGAAGGAUGAACUGAUGGAAUGUGUUCGGGCUGACUUCAUUUUGGAUUGGGAUUUGGCCAAUCAUAGACAGACGGUGUGGAAACAGUUGCAUAAGUUAUUCAACGCUUUCCACCAUAAGCUGCACAAGAAAUAUUUGUCAUAUGGUAGCCAUGAGGAAGCAUUGGCUGGCAGGACUGAAUUGGUAUCUAAUUUAGUUUGGGUGAAGUUAUGUGGUAGAUGGGGAAGUGAGGCAUUCAAGAAAAUGUCAAAGCAAAACAAAGAGAACCGCAACAAGCUGAAAACCAAUUACACCGCCGGAAAGAAGUCAUUUGUGAGAGUUAUGAAGAAGCGUUCGACUACAGCAAACUUGGUUGAGUUUUACAAGGAAGUCCGUUGGUAUAGGAGUAAAGACAAAUUCGUGACAUCCACGACAGAAGAGCUUUAUAAGCAAAUGGUUGACAAGAUGGAAGGUAUGGAACCUGAGCAACGUACUGACGAGGCAGCAGCUUCUGUAUUUAGGGAGGUACUAGGCCAUAGACCAGGGUAUGCUAGAGGUCUAGGCGAGAUGGUAAUACCCACAUCUACACGACAACAAGUUCGUGAACGGGAGAAACGUCCUGCUGAAGAAGAGGAAAUAUAUAAAAAGGAUCCUGAGUAUUACAAGACUCAGUUUGAGAAGUUAAGGGGAGAUGUUAGAGUACUAUUACAGAGGCAACAUGAGUAUGAGAAGACAUUGUACAGCCUAAUGUCAGGAAUGUCACAAGGAGAGUCUCAGAGAGAGACUCAGGGAGCUGCUUAGGACAGCAAUGAAGACAAAAAAUAUUUUGUGGGGGCUUUUUGUGAGGUUUUUUGGUUGGUGAAAUGCCCAUAUGUAAAAACUGUUUUGUGGCAUCACAUAUUUUAUGGGGGGAGAAACUAGGUGUUCUUGGGCAGUCAGUGCAUGAAGUAGUUAGAAGAUAUAGUAUGUGGUUGUCUAUAUAGUUAACUGUACGUUUGGAUGCAUGAACUAGGAUCUGAAUUUUGAGAGUAGUGUGAUCUAGUAUGGGCCAUGAUCAUACCCAUUGGUUAGAAGAUAUAUAUAAUCUGGUCAUAUGGUAUGUGC